CAAAAGAAAAAUGUUUUAGCAGUUGGAUUUACUCUCGACGAGUGAGCCAUUCUCGAGAUCCCAUCGAAGCUGACGCGUUUGGCUUUUUGCUCUUAUCACUUUGCACUCAAUUCCGGUGUCUGGCACAAUCGACUGCAUCUAGUGAAGCCCUGGCUUUUCCAAUCUCCCUCUAAGUCUCACAUUGCCGUUCCGUCUGGGCCAUUACGUUCACGAAUCGACUUAACAUUUUCGUGUGAGCUGCAACAUCUUGACUCCUCGAUUUCUCUAGUUGGCCACUUUUAUUAUCUUUUGGGUGAAAGAAUUAAAACGUUGUCCCAGUGUGUCUCGAGUGUCUUUCUCUUUAUACGUCGGUGCUUGUGUUCCGAAAAUUGUUGCCUCCAAUUCAAUAAUUUCGACCAACUUCAUGUCCGCCAUGUUCACCAGAGAAAAUAACAGCCGAGUUAGUCUUCGCAACAAGACGCUGGAGACGCACAUUGAUCGUCAGAGUGUUCGAGAAUCUUACAACGACGUCCGCUCAGACUUCACCGAGACGAAUUGGGCGGUGUUCCAAUUCGAGGGCAACCAGAUCUGCAGCAAGGCCGUAGGAAGCGAUUUUGCCGACUUUCGAACUCAAUUUGUCGAUGAUGAACGCGCGUUUGGAUUUGUCCGCAUUCAAAGCGGAGAUGAAAUGAGCAAGAGGACCAAGUUCCUCUUUGUUACUUGGCUGGGUCCCAACGUCAGCACGAUGAAGCGAGCCCGACUCAGCAGCGACAAAGCCCUCGUCAAAGAAAUCAUUAUGAAUUUCGCUGUUGAGUUGCAAAUCGAGACGGCCGAUGAGCUAAACUACGAGUUCUUCCGCGAGGCCGUCCAUAAAGCGGGCGGUGCCAACUACGGAACCGGUGUCCGGGAGCUGUGAUUGUUCUUAAAUUAUUCUUCGGUUCAGUCUUUAUUAUUAUUAUUUUUUUCUUUCUUGCCUUUCCACAUAUUCGUCUUUCGCUGUCUUGGUUUACUAUAAUGCCCAGUUUCGAUUGAUUCGACUAAUGCAGAGGCAACAACGGAACGAGUUCGGAUUUGAACGCAAUUUCAUUUUUCAGCUCUAUUCAUUUUUUUUUUCAUGUUUCUUUUUCAAAUGUAUUUCUUUAUGGGGUUCGUACGAAGUGAAUGCAUUCGAGACUGUAAUUAUUUUCAGUCUUUAUUUUUGGCUUCAAUCAUGUGCCUUUUAGCUUCCCAAAUUUCCCUCCCAAAGCAAAUUAAAGUGAUGUUGAAAUCAGAAGUGCUAAACAAAAGUUGUGCCUUCGUACGGUGGAAUUCCCCAAUGGUCCACCUGUAUUACUUAAUCGGCUAAUUUUUUUUUUUUUUUGUUCUAGCUUUUUGAAUAUCCAAUUUUUUCAAAUGAAUUAAUCGGUUGGGAAGCAGUUGGUACUAUUUAAAUAUCCUUCCCGUUUUAUUCUACACACCCCCCUUUUUUUUUUUUUGAUUACAUGUUUCUUUUUACUGUCGAUAAAGCAAAUUAUCUAAUAUACACGGCCCUUAAUGGAAA